AGCGCCCCCUGCUGUCUGAAAGAUUACCUGGUCACCUGUGUUAAAAUCUGAAUGGCUUAUGCUCGCAAUAAAAGUCAAUAUUAGCGGGUGCCUGACGAGUUAUCUGCUUAGGAUAAGUGUGUCUGGCUUCAAACUGGAGUGGAAGCUUUAAGGAGAGACUAUGCCUUAUUUCUGAGAAUGGGUGGAAGUGGAUCCAAGUCCAGAGGUGUCUGGCCUUUCUCAGGCAGUGGAGCUGGGGGCGAUUCUGCCAGCGAGGGGAACGAACAAUCCCUGGCACGUCUUAAAGGCUGUAGGAAUGCAACACCGUUUGUUUUCACCAGGAGGAGUUCUAUGUAUUAUGAUGAGGAUGGCGACCUUGCCCACGAAUUCUAUGAAGAGACGGUGGUGACAAAAAAUGGCAGGAAAAAGUCCAAACUGAAAAGGAUCCAGAAAAAUCUUAUUCCACAGGGAAUCAUCAAGCUCGACCAUCCCUGUAUUCAUGUAGAUUUUCCCAUUGUUCUCUGUGAGGUGUGAAACAUUUCACAGGAUCAGCCUACGAUGGAGCACCGCCACAGGUACACGUGUCAGAAAACAGUGGGGAGUGAGUCUUGUUUCAAUCACAACAUCACAGCUGCUACUGGAACUGUGACCUGGAGACAUUAAGGACAAGUCAGACUGGCAUUUUAAAAGGAUGUUUUGAGUGAAAUGAGCCACACCAGUGAAGGCGACUGCUUAUGCAAUGAGCGUCAGAGGUUGAUCUGUUGAAGCAGGUACAGGUGUCAUUCCCACUACCCAGCAGUUUUGGUAUGUAAGCAGCCAGAGAAUACAUCAAAUGAAGCUAUAUUUCUCCUGAACUUUGCAAGUAAUAAUGUUCAUGUGA